GGCAGAGGACACACCCAGGCAGUCUCAGGUGAUUCGCUGAGAGAGUUAGCACAGGUUCCUGUGGCUUCUGUAACAAACAGCCCCAAACUGGGUGGCUCAAAAACAACAGAAAACAAAACAAACCCAUAGACAUUUACUGUCUCACAGCUCUGGAGGCCAGACGUCCAAAUCAGCAUCACAGGGCCGACAGGAGGGCAGCCCACUGCAGACUCGGGAGAAUGUCCCAGGCUUCUGGAGGCCGCAGCGUCCCUUGGCUUGUGGCUGUGUCCCUGCCCUCUCUGCCUCGGUCUCCGUGUGGCCUUCUUCCUUCUGUCUGUGUGUCUGUCUCCCUUUCUCUUCUCUCCAAGGACGUUUGUCAAUGGAUUCAGAGCUCAUCCUAAUCCAGGAUGAUCUCAUGUCGAGAUUCUUAAUUUAAUGACAUUUCCAAUCACCGUUUCUCCAAAUAAGGUCACAGUCACAGGUUCUGGUGGCUCGGGUGUGGACAUAUCUUUCUGGGGGGCCACCAUUGGACCCACUACAAGGAGGAGAGGAACAGGGGUGGGGACGGGGAGGGAUGGAGGGUGACCUCGACAAGCCACGUGACCUCCCAGAGCUGCUGUUUCCGAAUCAGCGAAGCAAUGGCCGGUUGGCCUUGAGACCAAAGGGGUGAAUAUGCCCGGGACGGUGCGGCCACGUCCAGGCAGGAGGAGUCCUCUCUGCCCACACACGGGGAGGGCCCGGGCCGGGCCCGAGACACAGCCAUUCCUCGGUGCCCCGACCGGCCCUCAUUCACACGGGUGCCAGGCUUCUCCCCUAGGUCUGAGCCUGUCUUUCAAGCCUCUGGAUGUUUGUCCAGGAAGUUCCCUCCAUGCGCACGACCUUUCCCCCCGCAACUCUGUCGUCUGUCCCCCACAUUUCAGCUUGAGGGUGCCUUCCCGGCGGUGGGGCUUGGUGAUGCUCAGAUCUAACAGUUUCUAUCAUCGUAAGCACAUAGCUUUGCACACUACUUUUUAGUGUCACUCUCUCCCUUCCAGAAUAAGCCCGGGGAGGGCGCUGCCUGGAGGCCACUAUGUCCCCUUGCACCCAGCUCGGACUGGCACCUAGUAGGCGCUCCACAAAUGUACCUGGGGAUGUCCUUCGUCAGGUGAUGGGAUGUGUUGGGCAUGACCCACCCCCAGACAGGUCACUUGGUGUCUCAGCAGGACAUUCCGGAAUCUUCUCUGAGGUGCCAGGGACACCGUGCACGCACACACACACGCACAGAAUGAGCCAUCCCCCCCUCCUCCACCCGGCCCUAUCCCCGAUUUCUUGAUGGAAUAUUUUUUCCCCGGGGCAGAAAAUGAACCGUUAUUAAAACAGCCCAGUGACUGGCCGGGAAAACCCAUUUGCAACGAUUUAUCCAGUGUGGCGGCUGCCGGAGGACGUGGGCGGAGGGGAAUCACAUCCCAUCAGGGAGAGCAGAUGGCUUCGCUCCUCUUCCCUGCUCGGCUCCGAGGCAGCAAUCCGUGUCAGCCGGGGGUUUGUUCCUGGUGGUGUGAUGGGGGCGACUCUGGCAGGAGACGCAGGCUCCGUAAAGUGGAGGCCACACUCCCACAGGCUGCCCGGCCAGGGCACAGUGCUGCCAGUUCUCGAGUGGUGGCUUCAGCCCUCCGCUUGCCAAGGUGGCCCUGGCUCCCGCCAGCCUGUGGAGCCGCCUCCCUUUCGGGCGUUCCCUCCCCCCCGACCCAAGUGCACCAUGGCCAGGCUGGCUGGGUCGGGCUCAUGGAGCUGGGACAUGCGUCACAACUGGAGACAUGCUGCUGGCACCCGGAGGGAGAGGCCAGGGAUGCUUAUCAGCUUCCUCCGAGGCCCAGGAAGCCCCACAGCACGGAAGCUCCAGCCCCAGUGUUGUCUCGAGACUCACCGCGCACGGUGCUGGCUCCUUCUCACGUGGCGUCAUCCUCCACGGCGAGAAGAUGCCCCAGCCUGUCUUCCGUUUGCCGGGCCAGCUACGCUGCUGCUGUCCCGCGUCUGGCAGUGACGAGGAAGCUGCUACGAAUGUCGUGCAGGUGUUUUUUGUGGACCUGGUGCCUGUUCCCACUGAGGGGCAACUGAGGGAUGGAAGUGCUAGAUUGUAGCAACUGAACGUGGCACAUGGGUGUGCGAGGGGCCGAGCUCAGGCAAGUUUGCACAAAACCCUGACUUCUCUUGACGAGUCCCUUCUGGCGACUCUGAGCCUGACUUUUCGCAUGAUCGCUCUUGGCCUGAGCUGAGCAGUAGCCAGCAGCUGCCGCCUUAAAAGGGGGUGCACCUCCAGCUCCCCACGGCUGCCCCCCUCCCCACUCACUGCCUCACAGCUGCCCCAAUUCUGCAUUUUUGUUCCCUGGUUGGCAUCUGGCUCUGCAGCCCCUGUCCUGGGCCCACGCAAGGUCGCAAGGUCGGGAAUUAGCUUCUACCUCCCUGUGGCCAUGGCCUUGACUUCCGGGGACCCUCCCCUCCCUGCUCGAUCACUCCCCAGCUCCACUCCAUCUCACAGAGCCUGCAGCCCCUUCAGACCUGGCAGGCAUUUCCAGGUUGCCUCAGGCCCCCCUGCUCCCUAUCCUGCUGCAGCCUGGGCUCUGCAGACCUUUCUCUUGGCGGCUUCCUCUGAACCGGCUCUGCGGCCCAGACCACCUGCGCAUGGAGUUCACUUCCCCUGGGGGGCAUUCUCUUCUGAGCCCCCUGGCCCUGCUGGCCUCCCAGCUUUGCUCAUCCACAGCCCUGCCCUGUCUUCCACACCUCAGGCACUGAUGGCCCCCAGCCCCCUGCCGGCGGGACUGCCCCAACCUCCUUCACUGCCUUCUGCCCACCCCCAGCUCCUGCACGGUGAAGACAGGCCCUGGGGCCUGCAGAUGGAGGGACAGCCAGGCCGGUAGACCCGCCUAGCUGGCUGCACCUCUGCAGAAGCCACGUGACCCCCAGGACCAGCCCCUAGGACAAGCAGGGCAGGCCCACCUCCUCCCAAGGGAGGGGGCCUGAGAACUAGGCCUCUCCUGCAGGCCCCAAAGUCCCGGCCAAGGCGGGAAGAGCACAGGCCCUUCCUGGGGUCCUUAAGUCCCCACAGGCCAGGCCCACGCCCCAACAGUCCCAGCUGUCCCCACGCACUGUCCAAGUGGCCCCCAACAGGCACCCUUCAUCUCCAGGACUCUCUCUGACUCUGCACCUGCUCCCCAGUCUUCCCCUCAGCUUUGCCCUCAGAGGUUUCCUCCCCCCUCCUCUCUCAAGCCCUCCGCUGGGGCCCGCUUGCUCUCUCCUCACCUCCAAGGUCGCCAGGGCCAGGGCCCUUUCCUCUGUGCCCUUAGCAGCCCUCCCCCAACUCC